CUCUUCUGAGAAAAUGAAACUUAUCUGAGUCUCUGUGUCGUCUGUCUGUGUGAGAGUGAACAACAGUCCAAAUGGCUCAGCAGGCAGUUCUGCUGGACCAGGACCAGUUCUGUUGUUCUGUCUGCCUGGAUCUACUGAAAGUACCAAUCACCAUCCCCUGUGGACACAGUUACUGUAGAAGCUGUAUUGAGGGCUGCUGGGAUCAGGAUGUUCUGAAAGGCUAUAGCUGUCCUCAGUGCAGACAGACCUUCACUCCAAGGCCCACUCUGAGGAAAAAUAACAUGUUGGCUGAGGUGGUGGAGAAACUGAAGAAGACAGGACUCCAGGCUGCUCCCCCUCCUGCUCUGUGCUAUGCUGAACCUGUAGAUGUGGCGUGUGAUUUCUGCACUGGGACCAGAAAGCAGAAAGCCCUCAUGUCCUGUCUGGCGUGUCUUGCCUCUUACUGUGAGACUCACCUCCAAUCUCACUAUGAAUCUCCUGCUUUCAAGAAGCACAAGCUGGUCAAAGCCACCGCACAACUACAGGAGAAUAUCUGCUCUCAUCAUGACAAACUGCUGGAGGUUUACUGUCGUACCGAUCAGCGGUGUAUCUGUUAUCUGUGUACAAUGGAUGAACAUAAAGGCCAUGAUACAGUGUCAGCUUCAGCAGAGAGGACGGAGAAACAGAGGCAGCUGGGGAUGAGUCAGCAGAAGGUCCAGCAGAGAUUCCAGGAGAGAGAGAAGGAGCUGAAGGAGCUCCAACAGGCUGUGGAGUCUUUCAAGCACUCUGCACAGGCAGCAGUGGAGGACAGUGAUAAUAUAUUUACUGAGCUGAUCCGCUCCAUUGAGAGAAGGCGCUCUGAGGUGAAGAAGCUGAUCAGAGCCCAAGAGAAGGCUCAAGUGAGUCAAGCUGAAGGACUCCUGGAACAAGUGGAACAGGAGAUAGCAGAGCUGAGGAAGAGAAGCAUUCAACUGGAGCAGCUCUCACACACAGAGGAUCACAUCCAUUUCCUCCAGCAUUAUCAGGCUCUCUCCAGUAUCAGUGUAUCUUCAGACUUACCCAGCAUCGUUGUCCGUCCUCUUCAGUACUUUAGAGAUGUGAGUAAGACUGUGUCUGAACUGAGAGAGAAACUAGAAGACUUCCUUAAAGGAGAAUGGACCAAGAUCUCCACUACAGUGAAUAUAGUGGAUGUUGUACUACCUCCAGAGCCCAAGACCAGAGAACAGUUGUUACAAUAUUCCUGUCAGCUCACACUGGACCCAGACACAGCACACACACACCUCUCUCUGUCUGAAGGGAACAGAAAGGUGACCUAUACAGGCCAAGUCCAACCAUAUCCUGAUCAUCCAGACAGAUUCACAAAUGACUUGAUGGUUCUGUGUAGAGAGGGUCUGUCUGGACGCUGUUACUGGGAAGUGGAGUGGAGUGGACGGUGGGUUAUUAUAGCAGUCUCAUAUAAAGACAUCAGCAGAACAGGGAGAGGUAACGCAUUUGGAUUGAAUGACAAGUCCUGGAGUUUACAAUGCUCUAGUGGUGGUUAUUGUCUCAGACACAAUCAUGUUGUGACUAAAGUAUCAGGCCCUCGGUCCUCCAGAGUAGGAGUGUACCUGGAUCACAAGGCAGGCACUCUGUCCUUCUACAGUGUCUCUGACACAAUGACGCUCCUCCACAGAGUCCAGACCACAUUCACUCAGCCACUCUAUCCUGGGGUUUGGCUCAAUAGUGAUAAUGGUACUGCUGAGCUGGUUAAACUGUACUAGGGUCCACAUAGAUAGUAGUCAUGCUGGUGUAGUCUACAGCUGAGCUGGUUAAACUGUAGUAGGGUCCACAUAGAUACUAGUCAUGCUGGUGUAGUCUAUAGCUGAGCUGGUUAAGUUGUAGUAGGUUCCACAUAGAUAGUGGUCAUGCUGGUGUAGUCUAUAGCUGAGCUGGUUAAGUUGUAGUAGGUUCCACAUAGAUAGUAGUCAUGCUGGUGUAGUCUACAGCUGAGCUGGUUAAACUGUAGUAGGGUCCACAUAGAUACUAGUCAUGCUGGUGUAGUCUAUAGCUGAGCUGGUUAAACUAUAGUAGGGUCCACAUAGAUACUAGUCAUGCUGGUGUAGUCUAUAGCUGAGCUGGUUAAACUGUAGUAGGGUCCACAAAGAUAGUGGUCAUGCUGGUGUAGUCUAUAGCUGAGCUGGUUAAGUUGUAGUAGGUUCCACAUAGAUAGUAGUCAUGCUGGUGUUGAUGGUCCUCAGAUGUUAUGAUCAGUGGCGAUUUUAGCAUGUAAAUCUUGGUGGGGCAAAAAAAACAAAGCACAGAUUUAACAAGACAUCAAUUGCACUAUAAUGGUGAACAACAGUGCCAACAAACUGUUAGGGCCUACAUAAAGCUGUCCCAACAGCAGAGUCCCAACACCUUACCACUGCUACACCUGCCGAUCAGCGGAGCCUUGUCUUAGCAGCGGAACCGUUAAAUCAGCCUCAUUUACUGCUAUAAAAAACCCAUUGCUGAUAUGGCUGACUUGUUUAAACAAAUGUGGUUUCUAUUGAGAUGUACAAACUAUGGCAUAAGGGAACGACAAGCGCAUAAGAGGUAAUCCAUAAUUUUGAUUAUGACAUUAAUGAGCGAGCUAGGACGCUCUGUAUUUUCUGCUGGCUAGCCCCACCACAACAGAAAGCACGGAGCUGGGCCGAAACAACAGCAAUUUGGAGCUGCAAUACUCAAGAAAACAACAAAUGUGUCGUCAUUACAGGUGAGACACAUUUAAACUGGUCUUGGUCUCAUUACAGUAUAGACACAUUUAAACUGUUCUUGGUCUCAUUACAGGUGAGACGCAUUUAAACUGGUCUUGGUCUCAUUACAGAUGAGACACAUGGGUCUAGAGGUCUCUAGUGGUUGAUUGUUGGUCUGGGUUUCACUGGUUCCGUUCCAAUCUGUCCUGUCUCCAUCUCUGGUACCAAUACACCAACAUCAUACACUCCAGACCUGGGUUCAAAUACUAUUUAAAAUCUUUCAAAUACAUUGAGCAUUUGCUUUUGCCUGCCUGGAGUGUCAGGUGGUCAGGGUUUUGCACGAUUAUCAUUUUUCUGUUGCUUCCAUUGUACCAGACAAGUUUAAUCAAGCCCACAUAAAGUUUUAGAAAUGAUUUCAAAUCGGGAAAUUGUAAUAGAAGGUUCAGGAUGGCAACUUAAUUCUCUUCAAUGAUAUUAAUUGCUGAAAUGUUUCCCAGCAGCUUCUUGGUCAGAGCACUAUUAUAACACAGUGUUAUUACACAUCCACAUUGACAUGGAAAGGAACCAUGAUUAAUAUCUAUGUGUAACAGUCUGACACUGUGAUAGAUCACUCUGUUACAUUGACAUAGAAAGGAACCAUGAUUAAUAUCUAUGUGUAACAGUCUGACACUGUGAUAGAUCACUCUGUUACAUUGACAUGGAAAGGAACCAUGAUUAAUAUCUAUGUGUAACAGUCUGAUACUGUGAUAGAUCACUCUGUUACAUUGACAUGGAAAGCAACCAUGAUUAAUAUCUAUGUAACAGUCUGACACUGUGAUAGAUCACUCUGUUACAUUGACAUGGAAAGCAACCAUGAUUACUGUCUAUGUGUAACAGUCUGACACUGUGAUAGAUCACUCUGUUACAUUGACAUCGAAAGGAACCAUGAUUCAUGUCUAUGUAACAGUCUGACACUGUGAUAGAUCACUCUGUUACAUUGACAUGGAAAGGAACCACGAUUAAUGUGUAACAGUCUGACACUGUGAUAGAUCACUCUGUUACAUUGACAUGGAAAGGAACCAUGAUUAAUAUCUAUGUAACAGUCUGACACUGUGAUAGAUCACUCUGUUACAUUGACAUGGAAAGGAACCAUGAUUCAUGUCUAUGUAACAGUCUGACACUGUGAUAGAUCACUCUGUUACAUUGACAUGGAAAGGAACCAUGAUUCAUGUCUAUGUAACAGUCUGACACUGUGAUAGAUCACUCUGUUACAUUGACAUGGAAAGGAACCAUGAUUAAUAUCUAUGUAACAGUCUGACACUGUGAUAGAUCACUCUGUUACAUUGACAUGGAAAGGAACCAUGAUUCAUGUCUAUGUAACAGUCUGACACUGUGAUAGAUCACUCUGUUACAUUGACAUGGAAAGGAACCAUGAUUAAUAUCUAUGUAACAGUCUGACACUGUGAUAGAUCACUCUGUUACAUUGACAUGGAAAGCAACCAUGAUGUAACAGUUUGACACUGUGUGGUAGGUUACCAUAUUACUUUGACUAACCAUUGUUAUGGAUACUUCUAAAUUCUUAUCUUAAUCCUCAGAAUUCAUACAGUAUGGAGCACCUGUAAUGGGAAUUUUAAGGUUUGUGCUUUUCUUUUAUUCUGUGUCCCAUUCAUGUGCUGUUCUAUAAACCAGUUUCUGUGUUCAUGCAAGUGGUUGACUGAAUAAAUCCUCCUCUUAUCAGUAACUGCAAUUUGGCAGUAGGCCCAGACCUUGUUUUGAGAACAAACAAAAGAUAUCUCAGUUUCAAGGUCUCAGUUUACAGAGGAGAAGCCUUGUGAGGUGUUGGUCUGUCACGUUAUGUUAUGUUAUGAAACAGUAUUGGUCAGUCAUGUGAAUGAAACAAAACGGUAACGAUUAAUUAAGUAUGCUAAAUCAUGCAAAUAGAACUUGUCUGUGUAUAGCCAUACAUAAUACAACUGCUGGGUCUGCCCAGGGAGAGCUCCUGAUUGACAUGUGUACUAUGGUGCAAUAAGUUGGUUGGAACCUCUCCAGGGCGCUGACAAUAAACAAUGGUUCAUUUAAGAUUGA